GGAGCUGAGAGGGUCCCUGCACCCAAUGUACUGAGCCCCCCGGAGCCGGAAUGUAUCACUCAGAGCUCUUCCAGCAGUAUGGCACCUCCUACGGGAUGAGACCCCCUCAUGCCCUGGCACCCACCUACCCCACUGCUGGGGGUCACCAUGAAGCUUACAGAUACCCAGAGUUGGAUGUGCCCGGCCAGAGGUUUGAUGGGCUGUUCCCGGCGCUGGACCCUUCCCAAAGGAUUCUGGGAGCGCCCCCUCUCACCCCUCUCUCAUUGCCCCCUGGUCCUGCCCUGGGGUUCGGCCAGCUGCAGCCCCCCUGCGAAACCCCCCAGCUGCCCGGGAACGUGAAGAUGAACCUGGAGAACAAGGAGCUAUGGAAGCAGUUUCACUCCAUCGGCACCGAGAUGAUCAUCACCAAGUCUGGGAGGCGUAUGUUCCCCCAGUGCAAGGUCAGUGUUACCGGGCUGGAACCGGACGGCAAGUACCUGCUCUUGGCCGAUAUCGUCCCAAUCGACAACUCUCGCUACAAGUGGCAGGAGGAUCGCUGGGAGCCCAGCGGGAGGGCCGAACCCCGACUCCCCGAGAGGGUCUAUAUCCACCCCGACUCCCCCGCCCCCGGGUCCCACUGGAUGAAACAACCCAUCUCCUUCCACAAGAUCAAACUCACCAACAACACCCUGGACCAGAUGGGCCACAUCAUCCUGCACUCCAUGCACAAGUACCAGCCUCGCUUCCAUAUUGUACGGGCCCAGGACGUGUUCAGCCGCCGCUGGGGGGGCUGCUCCUCCUUCACCUUCCCAGAGACCCUAUUCCUGACUGUCACAGCCUAUCAGAACGAGAAGAUUACGCAGCUGAAGAUUCAGACCAACCCGUUUGCGAAAGGAUUUCGGGAGGACGGAAUGAAGAGCAAAAGGGACCGCUCCACCCGGGUGAAGAGGAAAGUGAUUGAGCCGGAGGAGGAGGAGGAGGAGGAGUUCCAGCCGGAGGGUGAGUGCAAGCGGCCCCUCUACACCGGCCCCUGUGACUCCACCCUGAGUGAGGAGCUGGAUAUAGGGAGGGGCUUGGGUAUCCCCCUCCCCAGUCCCGACUGCUCUUUCCACCCAAUCACACCACCAUCCCGGACUCCGCCUUCCACGCAAACCCCUAACCCUUCUCUCACAGCCAAUCAGGAACAAGGAGCCGCCCUGGAGAUGUCCUCACAGACCCCGGAGACCUUCCUGCAGGCAGCGGGGCAGUCGUACCCCGAGCAGCCCCCCGUCAGAGGCGGCAGCCUGUACCCCUGCCCCACAGAUGGACACGGAGCCCAGAACCAGCGCCACCCACUGUCGGUUCAGCGUUUGCCGCAGGCGUUUCAGGGGCUCCAGGAGUCGCUCGGUAACAGCCCAGGGGAAUACAAGAUUUAUGGGGGGGACGUGGGCUGCGGAGGAGACUUUGCCCCCCCAUCCUGUGCGGUGGCUCCGAGCGUUCGGCCCAGUGAGGAGCGAUUGCCCCGGGGCUACUCCAUGAACUCUGAGCUCCGCUUCCCACACUUCCUGCCCAACGGGGGGUCCAAAAUCGGCCUGCAGUUCUCUGGGGCGCAGCUGCAGCGCCUCUAUAACGGGGGGGGCUGGAUGUGAGGGUGGGACCCCCUAUUCACACCAAGGCUGCUCAGCAGGAAAGGAAGGUGCUUCCCCCCCAAAUAGGGACAAGGUGGGGUCUGGGUGCAGAUUUACCCCCAGUGACCAAGAGGAACCAGGCAAGGAGGGGGGGGGAAUAAGGAGCCCCCCAAGAAGGACAUUCUGGCCACGCCCCGUUGGGACCCAAAGCAGAAUAUUAUGAUGUAUAUUUGUAUCACACAGAGCCAAUGAGAGUAGGUCUCUGUACACUGACUCCGCCCUCUCCCCGUCGCGAUUGGGCGAGUGAUUGGGCCUCUCCCAGAUACAGUGUUUCCUUCCACUUCCCGCAGGCAGGGGGCGCUGUGUCCCACACACUGGGAGGUUCUGCGGAACUGAAUGGGUUUGGCUUCUGCUCAUUGGACUCAUUGGCCCGGAAUUUUGUAAUUAUUUAUCAAACAUUUUGUGUUUUGUAUUUUUGUUUCCGAUGGACGAAGAGAAUUUAUCUUUUUCAUUAAAAUGUAUUUCUUGUG